AAGCAGCAGUGUUUAAAUACAAAUUGUGAAAGGCUAUUUAUUCAACACGGAGAAUUGACGGACGUUCAAUACACAUAUCUACCAAACCUUUUAAUGUUUUAGAUGUAUGUUUUGCAUCUUGAGCUAUAGUUUUGUUGUGAUCCUAAGUGGAAUUUAGGAUGACUGAUUCCGAUGACCCUAGGAAAUCUCAUCGGACAUUUCGAGACAGUCAAAACAGUAAUGCCGGCCUGCCACUAAACGAGGGCUACCAGUACUAUCCGCGCUACUACCCCUCUUGGUCCUGGGGUGGAAGUGAACAAACGUACAACAUGGCCGCCAAUACUGGUAUAGAAGGCGGCCGUUUUUACCAGGUGUCGGAGGACGGGAAACGAUACGAGUACCCUGGUAUGGCUGCGUACGACAAUGUCGGCGCUUUUGGUGGACGCCCAUCAAAAGGAGGCAGCUACAAGCUGAAACCACCCUCAGAUAUGUCUGAUGGGACAACAAGUUUCGGGAGCCCUGCGGGUCGGCGGCGGUGCUGCGUCGUGAUGUCCAUCGUCGGAUUGUUCCUACUAGUCGCCGCCGGUGUAGCCAUCGGAAUCUACUUUGGCGUGGUAGAUAAACCUGGGAACGAACAGCAGACGUCCACGAUGUCGCCAGUCGCAGCGAAGAGCAUUCAGUUGACGAUGGCCGUGGAGGGCACAUACAGCUCAGCCCUUGAUGAUCCAGCCUCACCCGAGUAUCAGGCGAAAGAGCAGGCAGUCAUUAAAGAGGUUGACGAGGCCAUGGCAGACACACAGAUGGCCAACAGCUACAUUGGCUUUCGGGUGGAUGGGUUCAGCAAUGGCAGUAUUAUUGUCCAUGGCCAGGCUGAAUUCCAGGCAGCCACCUACAGGAACAUUGACGGAAGUACAAUGACGAUAACCAAGGAUAAUAUGAAGAGUCAGUUGAUGGCGUCUCUAGAGAGGAAGCCUACCACUGGCAUCGUCAUUGACACCAUCCAGACGGCUGACGUCGUUACACCUGGCGGGUCCGUAGCAUUGGGUGAGUCUUGUGCAAGUCGCUCUGACUGUUCAGUCGUGCAGGCAGAAUGCACUGGGAACCCGAGCGUUUGCACAUGCAAAUCGACACACUUCGAUAACAACGGCGGGCUCAGUCAAGGUGUCUGUCUAAUAAAGAAGGGAUAUGGCACCUCAUGUACCGCCAAGACAAACUGCGCCACUGUUGACUCGAUAUGCAGCCAGACUGCUGGGUGUUCCUGUCCAGAAAACAAAUUCUACAAAGCUGACACUGACAGUUGUGUGCUAAAACUUGAUUUCGGAGCGGGUGAUUGUACGGAUGCCAGCAAGCAGUGUUCGACUUCCAAUGCCAUUUGUACCGUUAAUAAAUGUGCCUGCGAAAAUGCCAAUUUCCUUAAGGAUGGUGUUUGUGUUCCAAAAAUCACACAUGGCAACUCAGGAUGCAACACCAACACAAACUGCAAAACUGGAAGCGCUACAUGUGCUCUGGGAACCUGUAGUUGCUCUGGCAACAAAUAUUACGACUCAAACUCAGACAACUGUGCUCCUAAGAUAGUGAAUGGCCUUCCAUGUGAAAGCCGGGAUAUGUGCCUGUUCUCCAAUGCCAGUUGUAUUGAAACCAAAUGCUCGUGCACAGACUCCCAGUAUGAAUUGGGUUCAGCUUGUCUUGACAAGGUGCAGAAUGGGGAAGCUUGUUCGAUGGACAGAGCCUGCAUUAUCACAAAUGCCCAAUGCUUAGAGAUGGCUUGUACCUGUGACUCGACUCGUUUUCUACAGGGACUGGCUUGUGUUGAGAAGAAGGGCCAGGGGGAAUCGUGUACAGGGAAAGUCCAGUGUCUGGGAACCGGGACUGUGUGUGCAGCCAACUUAUGUGAUUGCCCCUCCGGACAAUUCUUCCACACCGAUACCCAGACAUGCAUUGACAAGUAUGAAAUUGGAGUAGAAUGCCAGAAUACAAUGCAGUGCCUGCCAAUUGAUUCAGAGUGUAGUCAGAAUGAGGACAGCACUAAGACUGUGUGCCAGUGUCCAGCCAGCAAAUAUCUCGUGGGAACAGCAUGCCUUGACAGGUUGGAUCUUGGCGAGACGUGUGACAUAUCUGGACCUGAGAAGCAGUGCCUGUACAGUUUGUCCCAGUGUAGUGGUACCCAACCCACUUGUCAAUGCCCUGAUAGCAUGUACGCCAACGCAGGAACUAAGACUUGCAUCCCAAAAAUUGCGUUUGGAGCUUCCUGUGUGGGAGACCACCAGUGUUACAUGGACGGUGUGUGCUCCUCCGGGAUAUGUGGAUGUGCAGAAACGUACUAUCAGGACACAAACAGAUGCUCAAUGAAGAAGGGGUUGGAGGGUUCUUGCGCAGCUGUUGAGGAAUGUCUGUACAGCAGUGCUGAGUGUACGGAGGGCAAGUGUCAGUGUGGCAGUGAUUACUAUGUUGAUAAUGUGGCCAACGCCUGUGUACAAAGGGUGGACCAGGGAAGUUCAUGUACAGACGCGCUCCAGUGUAAGGUGGGCGGAGCCAGCUGUCUAGGAGACGUGUGCGCAUGUACAGACACACAGUUCCUGGAUGAGGCCAACAACAGAUGUGCAGACAAGAUUACAGAUGGAGCGUGUGACUCUGCCGACAUGUGUCUACAUGAGAAUGCUGAGUGUGUUUCUUUCCAGUGUACGUGCCCAGCCGACCGCUACUUAGAUGAGGAUAACAAAGCAUGCGCACUCAAGAAGGCCCAGGGUGAGAGCUGUACAGAGUCCAGACAGUGUGCUGUUAAUGGUGCCUCAUGUGACAGUGUGUGUAAAUGUACUGACACGCAGUAUGAAGACAGCACUGGAUGCAAGCAAAAAAUCCAAAAUGGCAAUUCAUGUUCCAACACUGUCCAGUGUCUGGUUAACAACGCGGUCUGUGAUGAGUCAAGUCUUUGUACCUGCGUGAUCACAGACUACCUUGAGGGCAACGAUUGUUUUCCCAAGAAGGCCAAUGGUGAAAGCUGCAACUUGAGGGUGGAGUGUAGUGUUACUAAUGCGGAAUGUCUAGAUUCCCUUUGUGGAUGCUCUGCCACCCACUACAUCUCCGCAGAUGGCAACACUUGUAUUCUGAAGAAGGCAUAUGGGUUGAAUUGUGACACCGCCGAACAGUGUGCUACGGAAAAUGCUGCCUGUUCUGGGACGUGUACGUGCAACGAUGACAGUUUCCAUGAUACGUCAGAUGGAGCAGACGUCUGUACCCAAAAGUUGGAUUAUGAGGCUACCGGAUGUACGGAGGCGAGUCAGUGUAAGACUGGCAAUGCAGUGUGUGACAGUAGCACGUGUAUGUGUACAUCAAACAACUACUACCAGCCGGAUGAAUGUUUGCUAAAACGUGGGGACAAUGAAGCCUGUGAUAAUGCAGCCCAGUGUUUACGUGGAAACUCUGAGUGUGACCAAGUGUGCGGUUGUCCAGGAAACAUGUACAUGGAUGACUCAACCUCCCCACCACAGUGUUCAAACAAGCUGGCUUACGAGGCUGUAUGUACGUCAGAAGUACAGUGUAUCACGUCCGCAGCCCUGUGUGUCGCCAUGGAGACGGCCUCUCAGUGCAUGUGCUCCGCAAACUACUUCCAUGACAGUACCAAUGACAAGUGUACCUUCAAGGUCCUGUUCGGGGAACAAUGUAGCCAGGCAGCGGAUUGUGUCACCCCUGGGGCUAUGUGUGAAGGCACCCCGACCACUGUAUGCACAUGUGCCGAGGGGUUCUACUAUGAUGAUGUCAGCUGCAGGGAGAAAAAGGCGAACGGUGUUGUAUGUGGGACAGUUGGCGAAUGUUCGGUGACUAACUCGGUAUGCAGCAGUACAUGUCAGUGUCCGGAAGGCACGUUCCUCAAUGGAUCUCAAUGCUCAAACAAACUGAUGAAUGGAGAGGCAUGUACGGACACGCUACAGUGUCGUGUUCAGAGUGCCGAUUGUGACGGGACCUGCCAGUGUGAUGCACUACGGUACUUGGACGGUGAUGCAUGCCUUUUGUUGAAAACUCACUCCGAGUUUUGUGAGUCCGCGGAGCAGUGUUCUACUGGUGCCUGUGACAACCAUCAGUGUUCCUGCCUUGAUGGACAAUACUACUCUACAGCGGAGGGAGCGUGCAAAGAUAAGAUUGGCUACAACAUUAACUGCAACAAUGAAGCAGGGGAGUGUGUAACUGUGCAUGCCGAGUGUCUCUUUGAUGUGUGUGCCUGUCCAGAUACGUACUACGUUUCACUGGACAGGACACAGUGCUUUGACAGGAUCGGAGAUGGAGGAAUCUGUGCGAAUGAUGAUGAAUGUUCAUACACAAACGCAGCAUGUGUGGAGACUCAGUGCACAUGUGGAGCGGGCUAUUACGUGAAUCAUACAGGCUUGGCUUGUGAACAGACCAAGCCGAUUGGUGGGUCAUGCAGCAGUUCUGAGGAAUGUGGCUUCCCCGGAUCGGGAUGUGUCAGCGGAACCUGUGCGUGUUCCGACAAUAUGUACGAGGGUGCUGAUGCCUGUGAAGACAAGAAGCUAAACGGGGAGGCAUGUGGUGUGAUGGAAGAAUGUCUCGUGACGUCGGCCCAGUGUCUGUCCAGCGCUUGUAGCUGCAGUCAGGACCAAUACCUUGAGAACCUUGAGUGUCGUGCCAAGCUUGGAUACAAUCAGCCGUGUGAUGCUGACAUCACAGACCAGUGUAUGUCCAUGUUUGUAUGCAGCUCCAACAAUGUCUGUGACUGUCCAGAGGGGGAAGAGUAUAGCAUAGAUGCUUGUAUACAAGUAAUAACAACAACGCCUAUUCCCACCACUCCGGCUCCAGAUGAGAUCGUUUUUGUCGAUGUUGACGGUGAGGUUACAUUCAACCAGACAUACGACCCGGCCCUGAAUGACACAACAUCUGAAACAUUCCAGAACUAUGCCUCUGACUUCCAAACUGCUCUGAUUGAUUCAGACCCAAGCAUUGAAAGUGUCACUGUAACAGGAAUAUCAGAGGGCAGUGUGAUGGUGGUCUUCAUUGUGAAAUAUAUCAAGAUUGAAGUUGCUAUCAAUGUCACAGAUGGUGGCAACCAAGAACCAGCAGAUGUGGACGCACUGAUUGACCUUGAACAACAGAUCAAGGCCAAGGUGACAAGAACGCUAUUAAAGGUUUUGCAAGAAGAUUUCACAGAAAAAAUCAAGAAUUCUACAUACUUCAGGAAUUUAGAGCCUCCAAAAGAGACCGCAGUCAAGGUGAAGGAAGAUCCAUGUCGAGAUUUGGGUGAAAUUGCUAAACGGGCACAAAGCGUCCAGUGUCAAACAGUCCUUUCUUACACGCAAAUAACUUCCAACAUUGAGGCUCGAUGCACCGGUUACCGGCUACUGCUAGACUGUGUGAUGAUUGGCUAUAAGCAUGACAAUAGGUCGUGUCCCGCUAACACCAUGAGGAAGACUCUAGAAGACUUGGGUCUUGGGUCUCUUCAACUGAAGCAGGAAGUCAAAAAUUGUGUCUCAGGCAACAAUUACCGGUUUGAACCGAUUGAACCAGUUGACAUUGAACGGCCCUGUCACGAUCUAACGAACAUGAAAAUUGCAGCAACAAUAGCGUGCAGGGAACAUAUGCAGGCCAUCUCCAACUCCAAGGAGCCUUGCAGCUUUGUAGACCCCCUGUUCAACUGUACGCUGACGGAGCUGGUGCGUAUGUACAGGAACAGCAGUGACACGGCGAUGUGCCCCGAGGGAAACCCGAGUCGUAAUUUCAUGGUGACGGCCCUUAUCAAACACCAGAACGACUUGUUCAAAGGGAAGUCUGUCAACCUUGAGACUUGUGAGUUCUUCCUGGUGCCUAACAUGCAGUACCAUACAAGAGCAAAAUGUGGUAUGGAGUUGUUCAUACUUCGCAACUCAUCCGAGGAAGACCUAUGCUGGAACAUACAGUCUGUCAAAUUGUGUCUGGAGGGUCAUGUCAAAGCUUGGAACAAACCAAGUUCCGCUGAUGCAGUCCUUACCUUUGUGAGAAGCCAGGGUUUCCUGGACAUUGUGCAGCCCAUAAGGCCUGAACUGACCUUGGAACAUCUUCAGAAGUGUGCAGAGUACAACACGGAAAGCCUAUGCGACUCUAACUACACAGAUAUACAUGAGCUUGGUCGUAUCUGGUGCGGAAGCCAACUGUACGAGCAUUUCCGAUAUUACUAUGAAGUUCUGCGGAGAGACAGUGCUGGCGCUGAUGUUCAUUUACUCAACUGCAGAUACCUGCGUUUAAUCGAACAGUGUGUCAAGAGAGUGUCUGCACAUUACAUGCAGAAUUGCACAAGUGUCGAGUACCGUGAAAUCACAGAAGCUCUGCCUGCCCAGUAUUUACCCGUCCAGUCUAAUACGUCCAGCUGCUUUGAUGAUGUAUGUUUGAGUACUGCAAAUAUUGACCGCUGCCUGGACAUUGAGCUUCUGAUGAAAGCCAACAACUACCAAAAUGUUUGCAUGGUCGCUGAGCUUACCAUCCAGUGUAUGACAUCUACUCUACAGAUGGAAUGCUUGCCUCGCACGGUUUUAACAAACUUUCUCAUAUCAAUGCUCGAGGAGGCUCAGUCAAGAAAUGAGGUCAUGGGAUUGGAGGGCUUUGUCAAUAUCAUACAGCAAUGUCCAGUUGAAGACCUCAAGCCUAUAGACCUCUGCACUGAUGUGGACAGACUAGACACGCUAGGCCGAAUUAUGUGUGGGGACUUUGCCUAUAACAUUACAGAAAACUGCAGGGGAGCAGUGCAAGCAACAUCCUGCCUGCGUAACGGGCUAGAUAUGUACAGCAGUCAGUGUACAGAGGAGGCAAGGGUAUCUGCAGUACACCGGGCUUGGGUCAGACUCUUAACUCAACAGGCCAUGGAACACCGCAUCAAUUGCUUCUUGGGUGAUAGGGACAGUACUUGUCCUAAUGUGGAUGACCAAUACUGUCGGACAUGUGUUGGCAGAGAACCAGAUACAUGCGAUGUUCACGACGACUGUGGGGAGGAUCUCUGCUGUUCUGAUGGCUGUUCCAGGAAGUGCAUUGCCCCAAGCACAGUGACAGAAGAACCUAUGAUGGAAAAGCCUGGAACUUGCCCGAUCUAUGCCUUUGAUGCGAACCUUGGUUCAGGAUGUUGUGAUGACACUAGCUGCUCUGGAACCCGUAAAUGCUGUCAAAUUGGUGACACAAUGUAUAAUGGGAUGAAUUCAUGUGUCGAACCUGCUAACGUUACCUUAUGCAAUGACACAGAGGCUGUUAUGUCUGUGAUGCCUGUGUGUAACCUCACACAGGAGGCUGUAGCCUCACUCACUUGCGAAUCUCUUAUCAGAAAUGCAAGCUGUAUGGCAGGUCAGCUGAAUGCAGGUCGCCCACUUUUCACUGAGUGUGUUAGGGGUUCGGUCAUUCAAGCCCUUGGAGUUAAUCAGCGUAACCUGACUAGUUGCAUGGAAUACAAUGUAACAGUUUAUUUCAACAAUGAGAUCAUGAAUGACACUGCAGCUCGGAAAAAGCGUCAAAUACCAGACUCACACAUAUGCAAUCAACAAUUGGUUGACCAGUAUAUGCCAAUCAUAAUAUCCAAAAUGACGUUUGGAGACGGAGCCACUUCCGCACACUACCGCACCAUGUGGUGUAACAAUGCCUUCAUAUACCUGACAUUCUCCCUCUACACAGACAUACAAGAGCAUGAGAUCUACAAUCUCCUGCAACCACUAUUUUCCACUUACAACAACCCUGAUCUGCCAAGUGGGAUAUCUUAUUACUCUCAGACAGUUGACCUCUUCAAGAUCAAUAGGUGUAGCGACCCCAAAACAUUGAAGGGUGUUGCUUUACAUUGCUUGAGAAGUGAUGCAUAUAGGGAUUUUGCGGAUUGGCAAAUUUGCAGCUUUGGAGAGAAAAUAAACCAAUGCAUUGUUGAUGUUGUACGCGGUCUAGCCGACAAUCACUAUCAAGAUGGAGAGUGCGGCGUCUAUGAUCUCUUAAACAAUAGAAAAUUACUGGAAGACCUUAUCGAUGAUCUGCGGGUGCAUCCUGAUAUUCCGGCAAACUAUUUAGACAGACUUCAGGGAUUCAAUCCAGAUCAGUGCAUGAAAGAAGGAGAUAUAUACCCUUGUAAUGAUGAUACCAAUUUUAAGCUCUUUUAUGAUGAAUGCUAUGCAACCUUAGUUGAAGAUGAAGGAAUUUCUUUUAACUUUUUGGAUGACCCCAACCAGAACUAUGGAAUCACUCCUCAGUUGUGCGGAGUGUACCAUGAGAUUGUCUCUUGUGUUGGUAUUAAAACACGAGAGCCUGGUGAAGACUGCUCAUUUUAUGACGUUCAACGUUACGUGUACAACCAACUCAGGUGGCAGCCGACCGGAAAUAACUUGCCGAUAUAUGAUGAAUCAUACAGUAUUCGGGACUACUGUAGAGCCUAUCAGCCUGUGUGCUCAGCUGAGUAUAUCAUGGAUGCCCGCUACAGUGAUUGCUAUGGCAACUAUUGGGACUACUAUCAAAAUGACUGCAAAAAUAGCUUGGACCGAGAUCAUGUUAAGAAGUUUAUGAAGUGUGCAAAGACGCGGGCCGUUUUACGAGGGGAGACAGAUUGCACCAUAGAAGCUCUACGGGAUCUUAUUAAGUCAGACUCGCUCAACCUGGGAUUAACUAAACGUGGUGUGGACUUCGAUACAUGCAUCAAUGAUGAAGAUAUAACGGAGUUUAACAAUCUGUUUUCGGGAAGCGUGUGUACAAUGACACCGGUCAUUGAGCACCUGUCCAAGUCAUGUGCCGACACGAGGGACUCGUGUCCAGGAGCUCUGAACAAUCUUGUUACUGAAAAUAGCAGGGCAGGAUGCAGCUUUUUGACGCACACAUUUUCAUGUGUGAAUACCAAUUUGACGACUUAUGGCUGUACUGUUGACCAAAUGCUGGACACUAGUUUCCCUGAAGACUCUCUUUUCCACCUCUCUUCAGAUAAUAAAGACAAAUGCAGAGAAUAUCUGACAGAAGCUGCUUACACCUCCUGUUUUAGACCAGCCUUUUAUGAGAACAGAAUGGCAGCUUUUAACUGUGUUAACCUGACUGACAGUGCCCGUCAUGUGUUAGAUGCGGAUGACCCAACACUGUGCAGAAUGAGAGAGUACUCUGUACGGUGUCUAGGAAAUUUGGCCACAGAUGCUGGGGUCCAAUGCUCCACUCAAGACCUCACACAAGCAUUGACAGACAGCAUGGGCAUUCUAGAAACCAUACAGAGAAUAGCUGACUGCCGUACAUUUGAAGCCUCUGAUGUAUUUGGCACAUGCCCAGAUAUCACAACAGUGACAGACAACAGUUGUACAGACAAGACAUUUAUCUCAGACAUAGCUGUGGCUGUGUGCUUGCCACAACUUCAACAGUGGUACAUGUACAAUAACACAGAUACAAUGUACAAUAACACUGGAAUGCAGAACAACAACACUAUGAUGCAGAAUGGAACAAGCCAGAAUGGAACAAUGCAGAAUGCCACCAUACAGAAUGGAACAAGGCAGGAUCGUACCUUUAAUGCCAGCUGCAUUACAUUUGGUGAUUUAAAGUCGUGCACAAUGAAUACCACAAGGCGGUUAUUGCCAAUGAUUGAAGGGGAGAAAACAUCCUGUGCUAUGACUGACAUAGAGGGCGCAUUCGAGGAACACUCGCAACUUAUCUCACAAAAACUGGGACUCAACAUCACCACUUGUCAGGGUGCAUGCUUCCAAAAUCUUCGCGAGAUUGUGCACAACUGCUCCCUUGAUAUAGGUUACUAUAGUAGCUAUGAAAUCCCAUACUGCAGAAAGCAGCAGUACAUGUACCAGUGUGUGGAUGGGGCCUUGUACCGACAGAACAACAUGAAGCCAUGCGGUGCAGAGAACAUAAACUCUGCAAUUAGGGUUGCCACAGGGGGGAAGUUUAAUGGAUGUCCAGACCCCAGUCAAGAGCGGCCAGUUGAUGUUUGUAACAAUGUGACGGAUUUUGCUUCCCUGGCCGUACAGAGCUGUAUGGAACAGUUGCGAUGGCUUGGCAACUCUACAGACCUUUUAACUGAUGCUUGCAACACAACACUGAAGUCAAGGGUUGAGUCCUGCUUUAGGAGUACAGUACCCAAGUUUUCUCCUGCCUCUAAUUGUCUGAAUGACACUUCUCGCCUUAAUGACAAGAUUGUCGAAGCCAUCCUACAGGCUGCAACCAUGCUGAGCAUGUAUGAAACCAAGAUUGUGAUUCCUAUCCGGAAAUGCUAUGAUGAUGGUGAGGAGAAACCUGGGUUUUGUCCGGUGAUGGAUCGUUGUAACAUGCACUAUGGUCCUGACAGUGUCGUUAACAUGUGUACCAAAGACUCCCACUGUUACGAUGGUGACAAGUGCUGUCACGAUGGCUGUAGACUCCGGUGCAUGAAAACAGCCUACGAACAAGCUCUCUUUGAAGUUCGUUUCAAUUUGCCGAACGAGCUGUACGAUAGACAAUUUGAGUUUGAGACAUCUGAGUAUUCAAGCAUGAUUAUACAAAUGUUCGAAAUAUUAGACCUAUAUUCAUUGACCUAUAAUUUCUCCUCUGUUCGUAAAAGUCUAGCUGGGACCACUGACGUAUUCUUUAGUGUGAAAACCUUCCAUUUGCUCACCCUAUUUGACCUUACACGUGCAAUGAAACGUAUCACAGAGAACGACAAUGAAGUUAUCCUGUCUUACGUCCAGAUUCUGUCGGAGAAAACACGCGGACAAUGUCCAGCAUCCAGCAAUGUAUAUCCAUAUGAGACCUUGUGUGACAACGACUAUCACUGUCGAUAUCAAUUCCAAGCAGACGAUUACAAGUGUUGCUAUGACAAUGGAAUGAGAUGCUUGCACACUGAGAAUGAGACGCAGUCCAAAUGUUCCAGCAUGUAUGAUUUGUAUGAGGUAACCAGAGGAUAUUGUCAAGAAGAGCGAAACUUGUUUCUUCAGAACUUGGAACAACACAGCUGGGCUGCAUGCGGGGUAGUACAAAGGUUCACAUCGUGUAUGACAGACAUGCUCAAGAUUGUCUGGCCCGAUUGCGUGAACGCCCCAGACAUGUUCUUGUACGGACUUCACCAAUAUGUGGAUAUCAUCAAAGAGAAGGAGGAUAAAUGGGAACUCCAUGUCAUGGUGGACUUUCAGGCUUGCAGAGAGAACCUGUGUUACAACGAUUCAGCCAUCGUGAACAGCCUGGGAGGGAGGUGUGCAGGAAACGUGUCUGCUUUCAUCAGCCACGGUCAAAUGAACAGCCAAUCUUGCAACGCCCUCCUGAUGACCGCGGACUGUGUGGCCAAUGAUCUGGAGCAGCGCAGCUACAAUCGCUACAGAUGUGAAAGACAAGAGCUGUAUGAAUUCUUGAGUGGUGGAGCCAAAAACUUCACGGGUCAGAGCUGGGUUGACCAUGAGAUCUGUAACUCCCUGGUUUGCUUCACUCCAAACCUUCCAAGAUAUAUACAAGAUGAUUCUCUGUGUGGCAAAGCAGGGAAUCGAUACCUGGAUAAUGACAGGCAUAACUGCAGGGACUUUGAGAGCCUCGUGUUCUGUAUAAUGCUGUAUGGGACAGAGCAGGAGACGUGUUUCGCCCAGACGCUGGUUCCCAUGGUAAUGCGGGCGCUGAGUCAUAUCAACUCUACCUUGCGGAACCCAGAACCCAUGUGCUCUGAUGUAUGCAACUUCACAUGGACACCAAUGAGUCAACCAGCUGAGAAUCGGAUCACCAUAAACAUGACUGUUCACCCGCGGAGAAACACAACAGUCGUUUCCACCUUCAUUCCUGCGUUGUCCAGUGGCAUUGACAUGAACUCUGCUGGCAAGUGGAUUGGCAUCGGGGUCAACCCAGAAAAACAGAUGACUGGUACUGAUGCUUUCACUAUAGAAAACAUGGAUGGAAUGACCUUCAAAGUCAAUAACAGAUAUGCAAGCGCUAGGGCCCGGCCUAACAUCGACACUUACAACAACUUCUCUGUAGAUGUCCGUUCUGAUGAAACAGGCACGAGGUUCUCAUUCCAACGUCCAAUCGGAUCGGCUAGUGGAACUCCAAAUGAUCGCCCACUGAAUGGCCCUCUUUUCUUGAUAGUUGCCCAUGGUGAUAGUAGUAACGGUCAAAUUCAGAAACACUCUACCAAAUACACUUCAGAUGAGGCAAUUGACUUCACUUGUCCAACGGCAUAUGAACGUCUAAACCGCCAGCUGCCAAUGGAUGGAAAUAUGUGUAACAACGUGGCAACCAUCCGCUUUAUACUGGAGUUUGAAUGUAUUGAGGACCUUAACUACACCUGGAUGAACGACAGAGACAGAUGCUUGAUGGACAACUAUUUCUUUGGCUGUUUGCUGUCCAAGAUGGCAAAGUUCAACUGCACAUCUGGCGAGGUUGCUACCCAGUUUGAGUCCACAGAGGUGCGCACAGGGAUUAUUGGAAUGGAAACUGCGGGCUGUGAACUGGACCUGGAUUCCUGCAACAGGGAAAUGCUAUUGAACAGCUGGGCCCUCAGCGACACAUGUACCACGCCCCUGAUCUCCCUCUGGAGGGUGCCCAACAUUAACGAGGCUAGAAGCGCGGAUGGCAAAAAGAGUCUCAAAUGCAGUGUGUAUGAACAGUUUUAUGGAUGCUACGGGAGCCAUUACGAAUUUUCUUCACAGAACCAGUGUCAAAUAGAAGACUAUACUGAGGUUGCUAUGGAAAUGGUCAGACUGUACCAGAUGAUAAGUGUGUCUCAGAUUCCCAAUUUCACGAUUCCAGCCCAGAAUAUAAACUUUGCAGGAUGCCAGUCAGAAAACCUGACGGUUGUGUUGCCUGACCCUUGCGAUGAUGGCAGUGCACUUCUGGACAGAAUGUCUGUUGUAUGUCUAGGGCCUAUCUCCCAGUCCUUCAAGAUGAUGAACUACCCACCUGGAUGCCAUAUGCUACCAUCAGUGAUGGAAUGUAUGGCAUCUUACAACCAUUGCUGGGAUAGGGAAUCUAAAGAAGAGCAGGAUGCUCGCUUUGUGAGGGCCCUCCAGGAGAACCCCUCAUUUGUGGAACAAAUACUAGGCUUUGAUCCGGUCCCUUGUGUGCGACUUGCUGAAUGUCAGUCACAGCUUGAUGAAUCAACCUCCCGUUGGCCCGAAAUGACCUCGUAUGGAAUGGCUCUUCUUGGACUGUCAAACAUGAGUACGAAUGAAACCACGAAGAACCAGAGAUGCGCGUUAUUCAAUGACUACCACAUCAAUUAUGUUGACUGGCUUAAAAAAGAUGUUCCACAAUGUGAGGACAUGGCGGAAUUGUUCCUAGAGAGCAGACUGCCAUCUCUCAAUGCUUACUUCACCAUGAACAACUGGACUCACUGCACAUGGGAUGAGGAUCCAUGUGCUGAAGCUGGCUUUGUUAAAAUGAUGCAGUGUAUAAUGGUGGCUGGGGAUGCUUGUGCGUACCGUGAUUGUGUGGUGAAGAAAGCGCUGCCCCAGUGUGGAACCGAGGGUGUGAUUGAGGCUGUAGAACAGGAAUACAUGCUUCACCGGGGGGAGCAAAUGCCGCAGUGUGACGCAUCCAAUUGUCUGGUUUCCUACAACAACACAGUGCAAACGUGGUAUGCUUACACUGUGAAAUACUACUACAUGUCAGGAUACGGAUCAUUCCUUGCCAAAGAGCAGUAUUGCAUGGUACAAUUAAAGUUUUUCAACGAGAUCAGGCGACAGCUUGAUUCAUCGCUGGCCAUCUGUAGGGACCAAUUGGAUGUCUUUAUGACCAGACUGAAGGAAGAUUGGGACGCUGCAAGCCAGCAGGCUGGCCAUGAACCAUGUGACUUUGACAACAUUGAUCGUUGCCAAGACUAUGAGGCUGUUCUGAUGUUCAACUGUUACAAUAGUAAUGAGAAUGACUCAUGCAGGUUCUGGGAGUGUGUAGAUGACACCUUCAGGUCCAACUUCAGUGGGUGUAGUGUGAGCCAGAAAGACUACCAGGAUAAGGUCAACAUGCUCUUCGAAAAAUUAUACACAGCUAGACCAAAGCCCUGUAACACUGUUGAGCCCUGUUCUUCGAGUUACUUUGAGGUUGCCACAACAGAAGCAUGCAAGCCAUUCUAUGAGAAAUACCUAAACCAGAUGGACUGUGGGUCCUAUGAACUUUUCCUGGGCUGUAUAAAUGUUCAGAGCUAUGGCUACCACAACAGAACAUGUGGCAUCAGAAAAAUUCACAUGUACGUCGCUUCCAGAAUCCAUCAACUGACUGGGUUUCUGCCUAUCAUCUGUGGUCAGACGACUCAAAUGAUGACAAUGGAUGGGAAAGUCAAUCUUGAAGUGACUUUGAACUUGCCGGGUUCCAUUCAACUGGCUUUUGAAAUUGACCUUGACCUUGAUACACAGCAAGUUCUGACAAAGAUAGAUGAUCUUCGGGUCAGACGGCAAGCCGAGGGCAUUAGUGACAUCAUAUCAAUCAGAAAUGUUAGUGGAAGGAUAAUUGCUGUGGACAUGUUUUCAAACAGCUCGUUAACAGAAGCUGAUACGAUGUAUGGAGGCUCGAAUGAUGUUCGCAUCAUCGAUAUCAGGAGCGAGAAUGGAAAGACGCAGGUCGUUGUUGAGCGCCCUGCUAAUGCCACAGACAUGUAUGAUCUUGGGUUACAGGGCACUAUGUCUUUAACUCUUGGAUAUGCCCCAAUCGACGGUCCAUACACCCUGCUAGAAGCUUCGCAGAUUGACACAAGCUUUUAUGAUGUAUUUUCUAUGUUGGACAACAAUUUCCCGAUGCAUCCAGAAAAUCUAUGCGAUAACGAGUACAUCUUGUCGGCCAUGUUGGAAACCUUGUGUCUUAUUGAUGAUUAUUAUGAGGAAGGAGCAUCCAAUCAGACCAUGUGUCUUGCGGAAUACCGAAGCGUUGUUUGCCUUGGAGACAAACUGAGUGAUAUGGCUAAAUGUGAUGACAUGACAAUUAGAGAGGUCUUAAAUCGUCCAAGUGUCCGCGAAAGAUUCUUCAACAAAACUGAUCCCAGUUGUGAUAAAGAGUUCCCGUGUGAGAUGUUUAUGUUAGCCCAUGGUGAAUAUAUUGGGCCAGUGUGUUUAGCAAGCAUCAUAACUCUGGUCCACACGCCUGUAGACAAUAUUCUGAAUGUGAACCAGAUCAACAGCUCUCAAACCAUGGCUUGCAAUGUAUGGACCCAGGCUAUGAAAUGUGCCUAUGGAACCAUGAUGGCAACAGACUACAGUUUUACCACGUCCUGCAGUCUCGAGUCUCAGUUUAAACCUGCUCUGGUGGCACUUGCCCACAUGUCCACAGAAAACUCGGAACCAGGACCUGCGCAUGAUGUGGACUACUUUAACCAAUGUGCAUCCAGCCAGGAAAACAUUUUUGACUCCUGUCCAACAAAGGAUGAGUUGUUAUACACCACCGUCGCCGCGUGCGGUCUUGGUGUUCUGUCCAGUGGCGAGCAGUAUCAAUAUCAAUGCAGGUAUUUGAGGGGUUGCACAGAUGCGAUUAAGGGGGCCUACAUGACCUACUGCCCUCAAAUUGACGACCUUGUUGACGCUGGAUGGCAGAACCUUACCUAUGCCAACUACAUCGAGAGUGUGAUUGGCUUUAACCCGUCAUCAUGCGGCGAUGAGCCCAGGAAAUGCGAUGAUGCCUGCCCAGAAAUAUUUAAACCUGUUUGUGCCAUACACAUGGACUCUGAUAUGAUGAUGACAUUCGAUAACCAGUGCUUCUUGGACAUAGCAAAUUGCCAGGAAGGAAACAGAUGGAUGUUUAAAUCUGACCAUGCAUGCGAUUAUAUGGAAUCUAAAUGUAGUGAAGCAAUGUACAUGAAGGUCAUGGAAGAGGAUUGUGAACAAUGGCUCGAGAGAUUUAAAAACACGGACAAUUGCGGGAGUUACGAGGGCCUACUUGGCUGUAUCAACACAAAUAUUCUCACAGAAACGAUGAUGAAAUGUCGGUUCUCAGACAUCAGUAGAAGUAUUCAGCAACAUGUGUACAUCAAAACGGGAUUUAUGCCUCAUGCUUGUGACGUAGCAGUAUCGCUCAUCUCUGAAGAUGGUCAGAUAUCAAUGGUUGUUGGAAUACUGCCAAAUGGGGAUGAACAUUUCCAAGUUCGAGCUCCACAGUCUACGUUUUCUUACUCCAACAUAGCAUUGAUAGUGAUGCCCCGAAACGUAAAACGUCAAACUGCAGAUACAGAACUGCGGGACCUCAUAGUGAUAACCGAGGAUUAUAUGAGUCAGUAUAUGGUAGUUGACAUGUUUAUGGAUGGCGAUUCUGCUCGAUUUGACAAGGAUUUCGGAGGAUAUGAUAACUUCAGCAAUCUCACAGUGGAAAUUGACGACAGCGCUGUCACAAUUACUUUCACUCGACAGAAGACUGACCACCGCGACAUUUAUCUCCUAGGUCACCAUUCGGUCGAACUUAUGAAGGUGGACAAAACUUCAAAUGUUACAGAAUUCCUCGCCUCAGACAAUAUCUAUCUCACAGAUCGGUUCGGUGAACUAGAGGAAAUGUUCCCAACUAAUGCACAAGGCCUGUGCUCCAAUCCUUGGGUGAUGGGAGAAAUUCUGGAUGUACUUUGUUUCAAAGAAGAUUAUAACCGACCCAAUGCAACGGGUCAGGAUAUGUGCUUCGCGGAGUGGAGGUCCUUGGCCUGCUAUAGUAACACCCUGAAGGGCCUGGGAGUUAACUGUACCGACGAUUCCAUCAGAGGGGUGACAGCUGACAGAGAUUUCCGCCCUCAAUAUUUCAACAAAACUGAACCAUACUGUGAGGCUGAAUUCCCAUGUGAGAUGGCGUUGUUGACCUAUGGUGAAGAGAUCGCCCACCAUUGUUUGCCCUCGGUUAUAAACCUGCUGCAUUCCCCAGUUCAAGGAAUCUUGUCCAUGCUCACUAUGGAUAAUUCUACGUUCAUGUCUUGCAACGUUUGGUCCCAGGCAUUCUGGUGUGCCUAUUCAAUACUGGAAGAGCACAAUGUGAACAUGAUGUCAUGUGAUGAAAGCGAUAACUUCGAGCCAGCCUUUGUGGCCUUAACCCUGAUAGCUACAGAGGACAGGGAACCAGUACCCAGGAUAGGAGCCAGGCACUUUGAACAGUGUGACCUGCUGCCCAGGCCAACAAGUGGCUGUCCGGACGAUGACAACCUUCUAUACCUGACGGUGGCUUCAUGUGGAAACUAUCUGCUCCAGACUUACAACUCCACACACAGUUAUGAAGAAGCAUGCAGCACACUUGGUUACUGCAUGGCUAAGAUUGGUGAAGCAUACAGGCCAUAUUGUGACAACAUCAGUAACAUAACUCGUGACGCCCAGUCUAACCUCGGGUUUGCCAUGUACAUGGAAGAAGUUCUUGGCUUCAGUCCAAAAAAUUGCACGUUUGCAAGCAUGGAGGAAACCCUAUGUUAUGGAAAAUUUUAUGAGCUACAAGGCUUCUUCCCCUUGUCGAGGCAGUAUGAUUACGUGGACAGAUUUGGAGACAUGCUUGACGCUAACGAAAGAUGCUCUGUGGUGAAUAUGUUGAACAGUCACUAUAAAGAAUUCAUGAUUGAGAAAGCUGACGAAUGCCAGGCCUUUUUGGAACCCUUUUUGGAAAACCAGUUAGAAGAAAUGUGGUCGGACUAUGACAAGAAGAACUGGUCACACUGUACUGGAGAAGAAAGUCCUUGCUCUAAAUAUGGACUGGUGGCAUUCAUGAUGUGCUAUCAACAUAUUGCUGAUGGGAAAGCUGAUGGUUGCAUGUUUGAAGAAUGCUUGGCUACGAGCCCUUUGACAAGGCAGUGUAACAUCACAAAAGAAAACCUACAUGAGUCACUAGAAAUGGUGCUACCCAAACUGAAAGUACCAUCUCCUCCAAAGUGCUCAGACCAGUGUGCUUUCACUUGUACCGCCCAGUAUUUGCCAGUUUGCGGCUUUGACCGUACGACUGACAAGUAUCAUAACUAUGGAAAUGAGUGUGUCUUCAGGCUGGAAAAUUGCCAUACAGGAGGAAGACUGGAAUUCAUUCAUAAUGGGGAAUGCAGGGAAGCAGAGUGCAAUGAGGGAAUGUACAUAAGGAUGAUGGAAGACAAUUGUGUAGAAUGGCGGAACAGAGUUGUCCAGGAUCCAAACAACUGCAGGAAAUACGAAGGUCUUCUGGGUUGUAUCAACACGAAUAUUUUUGCAGAAACGACGAUGAAAUGUCAUUUUUCGAACAUAAGUAGGGGUAUUCAGUCACGUGUCAUCCCUCAUACGGAUGUUUUACCUCACGUUUGUGACGUAGCAGUAUCGCUCAUCUCUGAAGAUGGUCAGAUAUCAAUGGUUGUUGGCAUACUGCCAAAUGGGGACGAACAUUUCCGAGUCAAAGCCCCACACUCCACGUUUUCUGACUUCAACAUAGCAUUGAUAGUGAUGCCCGCAAUUAGAAAACGUCAAACAGAUAUGGAACCGCGGGACCUCAUAGUUAUAACCAAGGAUUAUAUGAAUCAGUAUAUGGCAGUUGACAUGUUUAUGGAUGGUGAAUCUGCUCAAUUUGACAAGGAUUUCGGAGGAUAUGAUAACUUCAGCAAUCUCACAGUGGAAAGUGACAACAGCGCUGUCACAAUUACUUUCACUCGACAGAAGACUGAUCACCGCGACGUGUAUCUCCACGGUCAACAUUCGGUCGAACUAAUGAAGGUGGACAAAGCUUCAAAUGUUACAGAAUUCCUCGCCUCAGACAAUAUCUAUCUCACAGAUCGGUUCGGUGAACUAGAGGAAAUGUUCCCCACAAAUGCACAAGGCCUGUGCUCCAAUCCUUGGGUGAUGGGAGAAAUUCUGGAUGUGCUGUGUUUCAAAGAAGAUUAUAACCGUCCCAAUGCAACGAGUCAGGAUAUGUGCUUCGCGGAGUGGAGGUCCUUGGCCUGCUAUAAUAACAUCUUGAAGGGCCUGGGAGUUAACUGUACCGACGAUUCCAUCAGAGGGGUGACAGCUGACAGAGAUUUCCGCCCUCAAUAUUUCAACAAAACUGAACCAUACUGUGAGGCUGAAUUCCCAUGUGAGAUGGCAUUGUUGACCUAUGGUGAAGAGAUCGCCCACCAUUGUUUGCCCUCGGUUAUAAACCUGCUGCAUUCUCCAGUUGAGGGAAUCCUGUCCAUGCUCACUAUGGAUAAUUCUACAUUCAUGUCUUGCAACGUUUGGUCCCAGGCAUUCUGGUGUGCCUAUUCAAUACUGGAAGAGCAUAAUGUGAACAUGAUGUCAUGUGAUGAAAGCGAGAACUUCCAGCCAGCUUUUGUGACCUUAGCCCUGAUAGCCACAGAGGACAGGGAACCAGUACCCAGGAUUGGAGCUAGGCACUUUGAACAGUGUGACCUGCUGCCCAGGCCAACAAGUGGCUGUCCAGAGGAUGACAACCUUCUAUACCUGACAGUGGCUUCAUGUGGAAACUAUCUGCUCCAAACUUACAACUCCACUCACAGUUAUGAAGAAGCAUGCAGCACACUUGGUUACUGCAUGGCUAAGAUUGGUGAAGCAUACAGGCCAUAUUGUGACAACAUUGGUAACAUUACUCGGGAUGCCCAGUCUAACCUCGGGUUUGCCAUGUACAUGGAAGAAGUUCUUGGCUUCAGUCCAAAAAAUUGCACAUUUGCAAGCAUGGAGGAAACCCUAUGUUAUGGAAAAUUUUAUGAGCUACAAGGCUUCUUCCCCUUGUCGAGGCAGUAUGAUUACGUGGACAGAUUUGGAGACAUGCUUGACGCUAACGAAAGAUGCUCUGUGGUGAAUAUGCUGAACAGUCACUAUAUAGAAUUCAUGAAUGAGAAAGCUGACGAAUGCCAGGCCUUUUUGGAACCCUUUUUGGAAAACCAGCUUGAAGAAAUGUGGUCGGACUAUGACAAGAAGAACUGGUCACACUGUACUGGAGAAGAAAGUCCUUGCUCUAAAUAUGGACUGGUGGCAUUCAUGAUGUGCUAUCAACAUAUUGCUGAUGGGAAAGCUGAUGGUUGCAUGUUUGAAGAAUGCUUGGCUACGAGCCCUUUGACAAGGCAGUGUAACAUCACAAAAGAAAACCUACAUGAGUCACUAGAAAUGGUGCUACCCAAACUGAAAGUACCAUCUCCUCCAAAGUGCUCAGACCAGUGUGCUUUCACUUGUACCGCCCAGUAUUUGCCAGUUUGCGGCUUUGACCGUACGACUGACAAGUAUCAUAACUAUGGAAAUGAGUGUGUCUUCAGGCUGGAAAAUUGCCAUACAGGAGGAAGACUGGAAUUUAUUCAUAAUGGGGAAUGCAGGGAAGCAGAGUGCAAUGAGGGAAUGUACAUAAGGAUGAUGGAAGACAAUUGUGUAGAAUGGCGGAACAGAGUUGUCCAGGAUCCAAACAACUGCAGGAAAUACGAAGGUCUUCUGGGUUGUAUCAACACGAAUAUUUUUGCAGAAACGACGAUGAAAUGUCAUUUUUCGAACAUAAGUAGGGGUAUUCAGUCACGUGUCAUCCCUCAUACGGAUGUUUUACCUCACGUUUGUGACGUAGCAGUAUCGCUCAUCUCUGAAGAUGGUCAGAUAUCAAUGGUUGUUGGCAUACUGCCAAAUGGGGACGAACAUUUCCGAGUCAAAGCCCCACACUCCACGUUUUCUGACUUCAACAUAGCAUUGAUAGUGAUGCCCGCAAUUAGAAAACGUCAAACAGAUAUGGAACCGCGGGACCUCAUAGUUAUAACCAAGGAUUAUAUGAAUCAGUAUAUGGCAGUUGACAUGUUUAUGGAUGGUGAAUCUGCUCAAUUUGACAAGGAUUUCGGAGGAUAUGAUAACUUCAGCAAUCUCACAGUGGAAAGUGACAACAGCGCUGUCACAAUUACUUUCACUCGACAGAAGACUGAUCACCGCGACGUGUAUCUCCACGGUCAACAUUCGGUCGAACUAAUGAAGGUGGACAAAGCUUCAAAUGUUACAGAAUUCCUCGCCUCAGACAAUAUCUAUCUCACAGAUCGGUUCGGUGAACUAGAGGAAAUGUUCCCCACAAAUGCACAAGGCCUGUGCUCCAAUCCUUGGGUGAUGGGAGAAAUUCUGGAUGUGCUGUGUUUCAAAGAAGAUUAUAACCGUCCCAAUGCAACGAGUCAGGAUAUGUGCUUCGCGGAGUGGAGGUCCUUGGCCUGCUAUAAUAACAUCUUGAAGGGCCUGGGAGUUAACUGUACCGACGAUUCCAUCAGAGGGGUGACAGCUGACAGAGAUUUCCGCCCUCAAUAUUUCAACAAAACUGAACCAUACUGUGAGGCUGAAUUCCCAUGUGAGAUGGCAUUGUUGACCUAUGGUGAAGAGAUCGCCCACCAUUGUUUGCCCUCGGUUAUAAACCUGCUGCAUUCUCCAGUUGAGGGAAUCCUGUCCAUGCUCACUAUGGAUAAUUCUACAUUCAUGUCUUGCAACGUUUGGUCCCAGGCAUUCUGGUGUGCCUAUUCAAUACUGGAAGAGCAUAAUGUGAACAUGAUGUCAUGUGAUGAAAGCGAGAACUUCCAGCCAGCUUUUGUGACCUUAGCCCUGAUAGCCACAGAGGACAGGGAACCAGUACCCAGGAUUGGAGCUAGGCACUUUGAACAGUGUGACCUGCUGCCCAGGCCAACAAGUGGCUGUCCAGAGGAUGACAACCUUCUAUACCUGACAGUGGCUUCAUGUGGAAACUAUCUGCUCCAAACUUACAACUCCACUCACAGUUAUGAAGAAGCAUGCAGCACACUUGGUUACUGCAUGGCUAAGAUUGGUGAAGCAUACAGGCCAUAUUGUGACAACAUUGGUAACAUUACUCGGGAUGCCCAGUCUAACCUCGGGUUUGCCAUGUACAUGGAAGAAGUUCUUGGCUUCAGUCCAAAAAAUUGCACAUUUGCAAGCAUGGAGGAAACCCUAUGUUAUGGAAAAUUUUAUGAGCUACAAGGCUUCUUCCCCUUGUCGAGGCAGUAUGAUUACGUGGACAGAUUUGGAGACAUGCUUGACGCUAACGAAAGAUGCUCUGUGGUGAAUAUGCUGAACAGUCACUAUAUAGAAUUCAUGAAUGAGAAAGCUGACGAAUGCCAGGCCUUUUUGGAACCCUUUUUGGAAAACCAGCUUGAAGAAAUGUGGUCGGACUAUGACAAGAAGAACUGGUCACACUGUACUGGAGAAGAAAGUCCUUGCUCUAAAUAUGGACUGGUGGCAUUCAUGAUGUGCUAUCAACAUAUUGCUGAUGGGAAAGCUGAUGGUUGCAUGUUUGAAGAAUGCUUGGCUACGAGCCCUUUGACAAGGCAGUGUAACAUCACAAAAGAAAACCUACAUGAGUCACUAGAAAUGGUGCUACCCAAACUGAAAGUACCAUCUCCUCCAAAGUGCUCAGACCAGUGUGCUUUCACUUGUACCGCCCAGUAUUUGCCAGUUUGCGGCUUUGACCCUACGACUGACAAGUAUCAUAACUAUGGAAAUGAGUGUGUCUUCAGGCUGGAAAAUUGCCAUACAGGAGGAAGACUGGAAUUUAUUCAUAAUGGGGAAUGCAGGGAAGCAGAGUGCAAUGAGGGAAUGUACAUAAGGAUGAUGGAAGACAAUUGUGUAGAAUGGCGGAACAGAGUUGUCCAGGAUCCAAACAACUGCAGGAAAUACGAAGGUCUUCUGGGUUGUAUCAACACGAAUAUUUUUGCAGAGACGACAAUGAAAUGUCAUUUUUCGAACAUAAGUAGGGGUAUUCAGUCACGUGUCAUCGCUCAUACGGAUGUUUUACCUCACGUUUGUGACGUAGCAGUAUCGCUCAUCUCUGAAGAUGGUCAGAUAUCAAUGGUUGUUGGCAUACUGCCAAAUGGGGACGAACAUUUCCGAGUCAAAGCCCCACACUCCACGUUUUCUGACUUCAACAUAGCAUUGAUAGUGAUGCCCGCAAUUAGAAAACGUCAAACAGAUAUGGAACCGCGGGACCUCAUAGUUAUAACCAAGGAUUAUAUGAAUCAGUAUAUGGCAGUUGACAUGUUUAUGGAUGGUGAAUCUGCUCAAUUUGACAAGGAUUUCGGAGGAUAUGAUAACUUCAGCAAUCUCACAGUGGAAAGUGACAACAGCGCUGUCACAAUUACUUUCACUCGACAGAAGACUGAUCACCGCGACGUGUAUCUCCACGGUCAACAUUCGGUCGAACUAAUGAAGGUGGACAAAGCUUCAAAUGUUACAGAAUUCCUCGCCUCAGACAAUAUCUAUCUCACAGAUCGGUUCGGUGAACUAGAGGAAAUGUUCCCCACAAAUGCACAAGGCCUGUGCUCCAAUCCUUGGGUGAUGGGAGAAAUUCUGGAUGUGCUGUGUUUCAAAGAAGAUUAUAACCGUCCCAAUGCAACGAGUCAGGAUAUGUGCUUCGCGGAGUGGAGGUCCUUGGCCUGCUAUAAUAACAUCUUGAAGGGCCUGGGAGUUAACUGUACCGACGAUUCCAUCAGAGGGGUGACAGCUGACAGAGAUUUCCGCCCUCAAUAUUUCAACAAAACUGAACCAUACUGUGAGGCUGAAUUCCCAUGUGAGAUGGCAUUGUUGACCUAUGGUGAAGAGAUCGCCCACCAUUGUUUGCCCUCGGUUAUAAACCUGCUGCAUUCUCCAGUUGAGGGAAUCCUGUCCAUGCUCACUAUGGAUAAUUCUACAUUCAUGUCUUGCAACGUUUGGUCCCAGGCAUUCUGGUGUGCCUAUUCAAUACUGGAAGAGCAUAAUGUGAACAUGAUGUCAUGUGAUGAAAGCGAGAACUUCCAGCCAGCUUUUGUGACCUUAGCCCUGAUAGCCACAGAGGACAGGGAACCAGUACCCAGGAUUGGAGCUAGGCACUUUGAACAGUGUGACCUGCUGCCCAGGCCAACAAGUGGCUGUCCAGAGGAUGACAACCUUCUAUACCUGACAGUGGCUUCAUGUGGAAACUAUCUGCUCCAAACUUACAACUCCACUCACAGUUAUGAAGAAGCAUGCAGCACACUUGGUUACUGCAUGGCUAAGAUUGGUGAAGCAUACAGGCCAUAUUGUGACAACAUUGGUAACAUUACUCGGGAUGCCCAGUCUAACCUCGGGUUUGCCAUGUACAUGGAAGAAGUUCUUGGCUUCAGUCCAAAAAAUUGCACAUUUGCAAGCAUGGAGGAAACCCUAUGUUAUGGAAAAUUUUAUGAGCUACAAGGCUUCUUCCCCUUGUCGAGGCAGUAUGAUUACGUGGACAGAUUUGGAGACAUGCUUGACGCUAACGAAAGAUGCUCUGUGGUGAAUAUGCUGAACAGUCACUAUAUAGAAUUCAUGAAUGAGAAAGCUGACGAAUGCCAGGCCUUUUUGGAACCCUUUUUGGAAAACCAGCUUGAAGAAAUGUGGUCGGACUAUGACAAGAAGAACUGGUCACACUGUACUGGAGAAGAAAGUCCUUGCUCUAAAUAUGGACUGGUGGCAUUCAUGAUGUGCUAUCAACAUAUUGCUGAUGGGAAAGCUGAUGGUUGCAUGUUUGAAGAAUGCUUGGCUACGAGCCCUUUGACAAGGCAGUGUAACAUCACAAAAGAAAACCUACAUGAGUCACUAGAAAUGGUGCUACCCAAACUGAAAGUACCAUCUCCUCCAAAGUGCUCAGACCAGUGUGCUUUCACUUGUACCGCCCAGUAUUUGCCAGUUUGCGGCUUUGACCCUACGACUGACAAGUAUCAUAACUAUGGAAAUGAGUGUGUCUUCAGGCUGGAAAAUUGCCAUACAGGAGGAAGACUGGAAUUUAUUCAUAAUGGGGAAUGCAGGGAAGCAGAGUGCAAUGAGGGAAUGUACAUAAGGAUGAUGGAAGACAAUUGUGUAGAAUGGCGGAACAGAGUUGUCCAGGAUCCAAACAACUGCAGGAAAUACGAAGGUCUUCUGGGUUGUAUCAACACGAAUAUUUUUGCAGAGACGACAAUGAAAUGUCAUUUUUCGAACAUAAGUAGGGGUAUUCAGUCACGUGUCAUCGCUCAUACGGAUGUUUUACCUCACGUUUGUGACGUAGCAGUAUCGCUCAUCUCUGAAGAUGGUCAGAUAUCAAUGGUUGUUGGCAUACUGCCAAAUGGGGACGAACAUUUCCGAGUCAAAGCCCCACACUCCACGUUUUCUGACUUCAACAUAGCAUUGAUAGUGAUGCCCGCAAUUAGAAAACGUCAAACAGAUAUGGAACCGCGGGACCUCAUAGUUAUAACCAAGGAUUAUAUGAAUCAGUAUAUGGCAGUUGACAUGUUUAUGGAUGGUGAAUCUGCUCAAUUUGACAAGGAUUUCGGAGGAUAUGAUAACUUCAGCAAUCUCACAGUGGAAAGUGACAACAGCGCUGUCACAAUUACUUUCACUCGACAGAAGACUGAUCACCGCGACGUGUAUCUCCACGGUCAACAUUCGGUCGAACUAAUGAAGGUGGACAAAGCUUCAAAUGUUACAGAAUUCCUCGCCUCAGACAAUAUCUAUCUCACAGAUCGGUUCGGUGAACUAGAGGAAAUGUUCCCCACAAAUGCACAAGGCCUGUGCUCCAAUCCUUGGGUGAUGGGAGAAAUUCUGGAUGUGCUGUGUUUCAAAGAAGAUUAUAACCGUCCCAAUGCAACGAGUCAGGAUAUGUGCUUCGCGGAGUGGAGGUCCUUGGCCUGCUAUAAUAACAUCUUGAAGGGCCUGGGAGUUAACUGUACCGACGAUUCCAUCAGAGGGGUGACAGCUGACAGAGAUUUCCGCCCUCAAUAUUUCAACAAAACUGAACCAUACUGUGAGGCUGAAUUCCCAUGUGAGAUGGCAUUGUUGACCUAUGGUGAAGAGAUCGCCCACCAUUGUUUGCCCUCGGUUAUAAACCUGCUGCAUUCUCCAGUUGAGGGAAUCCUGUCCAUGCUCACUAUGGAUAAUUCUACAUUCAUGUCUUGCAACGUUUGGUCCCAGGCAUUCUGGUGUGCCUAUUCAAUACUGGAAGAGCAUAAUGUGAACAUGAUGUCAUGUGAUGAAAGCGAGAACUUCCAGCCAGCUUUUGUGACCUUAGCCCUGAUAGCCACAGAGGACAGGGAACCAGUACCCAGGAUUGGAGCUAGGCACUUUGAACAGUGUGACCUGCUGCCCAGGCCAACAAGUGGCUGUCCAGAGGAUGACAACCUUCUAUACCUGACAGUGGCUUCAUGUGGAAACUAUCUGCUCCAAACUUACAACUCCACUCACAGUUAUGAAGAAGCAUGCAGCACGCUGGGUUACUGCAUGUCUAAGAUUGGUGAAGCAUACAGGCCAUAUUGUGACAACAUUGGUAACAUAACUCGGGACGCCCAGUCUAACCUCGGGUUUGCCAUGUACAUGGAAGAAGUUCUUGGCUUCAGUCCAGAAAAUUGCACCUUUACAAAUAUGGACCAGUGUGCCUAUGCAUGCCCCACUGUGUAUGAACCCAUAUGUGGCUGGGACCACAGAGAUGGGACAUACCAUACAUACGGCAAUGAAUGCGAAUUACAGCGGGAAAACUGUACAGUUCAUGGGAGAUUACAGCCGAGAUAUGAUGGGGAAUGCAGAGUUGAAAUAGGGAUGGGUUGCGAGAUGAGUAACGAGUGUGGAACUGGUGCUGUAUGCAUGGGUGACGAAAGAAGGGAUACACGAGCUGAUCAUGGCAAUGACACUGCCGCCAACCACACCGGCAUGGUGUGUCGCUGUGACGAUGAACACUAUGACAACAAUGGAAGGAUGAUGGGAGGAUUAUGCCAAGAGAAAUCAUGUAGCAUGCUGGACCAGUACCCGGGAAGCUAUAUUCCAAACAUUGAACAGGAGCCACAGGAAAGUUGCAGGUUAUUCUUGGCUGAAGGUGUGAGGCUUUACAAGGCUAUCGGGUUCCUAGACCUGAUGUUUAUUAAACGGUGUGCUCUGGAUUCCUUCACUGCGGAUGGAGUCCCUGAAGCACGUGUACAAGAGUUUGAUUCUUGUGACACGAUGUAUUACAACAUGUAUGGUGGGGCUCUGGUGUUUGAAGAUGAAGGCUUCCCGUGGUCCGUGGAACUCCUCAACCCCGUAUCAAUUGUGUACAAACAUUACAGGAAUGUGACUGAGGCAACUGUUAUGGGAACUCUUCCACAAGGAACCUUCUUGUUAAUACAAGAGGCCAGUGAUGCUGCUCCUGGUGUGCGAUUCUCGGCCAUGAUAUUGGUACAAAAGACGAGUGAUGUUACUCCUGAGAUGAUAUCUCAAAACUUGAAUAGCCUCACCUCUAUAAGAGAGGCUACAUUUGCACGAUUUUCUGAUAAUCCGGAUAGUCCUCCACAACCACCUCCUGCUUAAAGGACAUCAACCACGUCACUAUCAUGUGAUCAUCAAAUGAAUUAAAAACUCGUUUCAAAAGACAAUUAAAUAAAUUGUUGCCAAAUACAAGCUUUUUGUGACUUUGGACAAGAUCAUUUUUUGUUUACUCACUUUAUAAUAAUCAUAGCUCAAUUUAAUCCGGUCGUUUAUUAUGUAUGUGUGUUAUAAGUCUGAUCACUCAUGAAUCUCAGUGACAAAUAACUUAUGACCUCUGUUAUCAUUAUAUUGUGAUGUGGUCAACUCUUGAUGAAUUAAUAAUUUGUGCUCAUUGAAAACCUCUUCUUUAGCAACAAAUGACCCUUAAUGCAAAAAAAAAAUCAUAAUUAUGAUAUUUGUAGUUUUGUAGAAAAUUGCGUAACAACCAUGAUAACCACAUGGGGUUGCAACACUAUCCAUGUAUGAAAUCCACUUAUUUUGCAUAAUACCAUAUAUAUCUGAAAGCAUAAAGUCAACCAUAAAGUAAUACUCAUAUAAUAAUCUUAUUUCUCUUUUAGUAUACCAGGACAAUUUUGAAAUGAUAGCUGUAUGACAUACAAUAAAUGUAAAUAACUUUACAACCAUUUUAUGGUUGAUAUCAUACUAUUUUUCUUUCUAAAGUCGCAUAUAUGGUAUUAUAUGUGAUUUUCAAAAUCUUUAUUUAGCUAUUGGAACUCUAUAAGCAUUUUAUUCGCUCAAAUUAGAAUUUGUAUUUUUUUAAUAAAACAGACCACUUCAGCUUGUCAGGUACUGCAGACCCCAGUUUCUCAAAACAUCUUAGUCCCUUAUAACAGGAUCAGACUCAGCACGCUAUUUUUGAUUGGGUAUAAAUUAUGUUAUAUUCUCUUUUGAAAGAGUUUUGUGGUUUUUAAAGUAAAUAAUACUUGAGAUAAACAAGAUAAACUACUUGUUGUUUCAUGAAAUCAUAUUUAUGUUAGUAAUUUUGUUUCAUGCAAUAAGAUACUUAUGUAAGUUACGCUAAAGAAUUUUCGAGAAAUUGGGGUGUACUAGUUUUGAAUUUUAAUACUCUCAGUACCUAUUAUUAAAUUAUAAUACUCUCAGGUACUGUUCUCUUGUAGUCAUUUUUUACAUGUAUUUUCUCACUGUAUUAUAGUGCAUAAUGUAUUUAGCCAGAGGAUUUUUUCUUACUCUUACAGCCGGACUGUUGUAACAUUCCAAUUAUUCCUACAUAUAUCUUUACAUGAAUUUAUUAUUGAUUUAUUUUCUUUCUCUUUUUUAUGUAUGAAUGAUUAUUAUGAAAAUUGUAAGUUAUCAUUGAUAUACAUUUUGUUUUGAGUAUUUGUAUUUUUCUUAUUCUUAUUUCCAAGUGCCGUUUAGUGUUAAAGUAUAAAACAUAUCAAAGAGAUUCUUUACACAUAUCAAAUAUUAUUUGCUUUUACAUUAAUAUAAGUAUUUUUCUUAUUCUUUGUUAACAACGGAAUUUCUUAUUUAGUUUUCAUCAUGAAUUUUCCUUCCUUUGGGUGAUAAAGUAAAACAUAGAAAAGUAGAGUUUAUAAUUAUAAAUGAACAUGUGCUGUGUAAUGCCUAAAUAAAAUCACUAUAUUUGA